GCGGUUUCCUCAGAUUCACCUGCAGUGGGGGCAUGGUAGGUGAUGCUGCGGGCAGGAUAGAGCGAGAGCAAAGCUGCAAAAUCAUGACAAGAAGAAGUGGACGUCAGCAGAGAUCUGAAAAUGUGCAGAAAGGCAAAGUAAAUAAGCAAUGCAACAGAAAAAAGUUUCAGCCUCUGUCAAAGCUGCAGUGUGAGAAGAAUGAGCUGGUACAUGGAGGUGUUACCAAGCCUUCUGUUCUCAUCAACAGUCUUGAGAAAGGAGUAAAACUGGACCUUGUAGAUGCUGAUUUGGUUUCAGGAGAAUCUUUGACUCAGUCGACAUCUCUACCUCACCUCAGAUGGGGUUCGUCUCAAGAUAUGUGGUUGAAGAUGGUCAUAAGGGAACAAAAUUACACACACAGCAAAAAUUUUAUGCAGAAACACCCAAAUUUAAAACCGGGAAUGAGAUCGAUCCUGCUUGACUGGUUGAUUGAGGUAAGUGAGGAGUACACUCUUCACAGGCAGACGUUCUACCUUGCUCAGGACUAUUUUGACCGCUUCAUGCUGACCCAGGACAACAUAGAGAAGAACCUUCUGCAGCUCAUCGGGAUCACUUGUCUUUUUAUAGCAGCAAAGAUGGAGGAAGCCUGUCCUCCAAAGCUGUCACAGAUGGCCUACAUAACAGCAGGGACCUACUACGAGGAGGAGAUUCUUCAAAUGGAGUUAAUUAUUUUAAAGGCACUGAGGUGGAAACUUUGUCCUGAAACAGCCGUGUCGUGGUUGAAGCUUUACUUCCAGAUGGCUUCAAUGAACAUCAAGUCUGACCUGCUGGAGCAGCAGUUUUCACAGGACGUUUACAUACAAAUGACACGACUCUUAGAUCUGUGUAUCCUCAACAUAAACUCUCUGGACUUUGAGUAUCGAGUGUUGGCUGCCUCAGUCCUGUGCCAUUUCAUUCCACAGGAAACAGCUGAAAAAGUUUCAGGUCUUUCAAAAGACGCCAUCCAACCAUGUGUGAACUGGAUGGCCCCCUCUGUGGAAUUGAUGAGCCAGUCUGAUAAAAUGAUGGGAAGAGAUUUUGUUAAAGUCAAGGAAGAGGACAGACACAACAUCCAGACCCACACAGACUACUUGACCAUGCUCGAUGUUGUUCAUCAAAAGGAAGUGAAGAUCCAGUUCCCCACUCCUCCCAGCAGCACAGAAAAAGCCGGCACACACUGAGCAACAAGGGGUCUGAAGUGAGUGUGAGCAAAGAGGACACAGGGUUCAAGUCCCACUGACAACAAAAACUCCUGGUUACUUGAACAGCUCUGUUUACAAGAAAAAGAGUCUGGAUGGGAGUUAAAUUCUUACAGGUGGGAGUGAAAUGUGUGAUAACUGGGAUUACAGGUGUUAUUUUAAAGAAUCUUAAUUUUGGUCAGUUAUUUUGCUCGAUUUUUAGCUGUUUUUAAACAAUGUGCUUUUAAUUCAGAAAAGAAAUGUGUAUAAAAAUGUUGACGCAAGUUUGAAUUACAUCUCUAUGAAUUAUUCUGUAAAGAAGUGGUGUGCAAUUGUUUAAUUUCCUUGUAAAUUAGUCAGUAUUUUUUUAAAUAUUGCUUAACGUUUGUUUUCAAAUGCAGUCAUUUAAAUCUGUACAUGGUGCUCAGCUGAUCUCAAGCAUGCUAAAGAUGAUGGAAAGACGAUCAGUAAGAGUUUGCAUUUUUAAACAGAAGCAUGGACGCCUAUAGCUCUGACCGAAAAACAUGCUCUUUUGUGUUUUCCUGGCACGUUUACCACAGUAAUUUUCAUUAUUCAGGAAAAUGAACAGUGAGGAUUUUUUUAAAGAAUUCAUUGUAAAUGAUAAAGUGUACAAAUGAACAAAUGUAUUUAUUUAGAGAUUUAUUUUCUACCACAAAAUAAAAUUUACAUUCCCCCUCAGAA